AUGGCACCUCGAGGUAUGGUGGUUACGCCACACCACCUGGCCACACAGAGUGCGGUGAAGAUCCUGAGAGAAGGUGGCACUGCUAUGGAAGCUGCUGUAGCCGCUGCGGCGACAAUCGCUGUCGUCUAUCCCCACAUGAAUAGUAUCGGGGGCGAUGGUUUCUGGCUCAUAAUUCCCCCUCACGGUGAUCCAGUUGCGAUAGAAGCUUGCGGGGCGGCGGGCGCCUUAGCCACUUUGGAUUUUUUCGCUGGAUACGACGGAAUACCUAAAAGCGGCCCCAAGUCAGCGAUAACCGUCGCUGGUACAGUCGGCGGCUGGGAAGAAGCCUUGAGAUACGUAUCUGAAUGCGGUUACCAGAGGAUAUCGGUGUCGAAACUGCUACAGGACGCGAUUUUAUACGCCGAAGAAGGUUUUCCCGUAUCGUCGUCACACGAACAAAAUUUGCAGGAUUACUGCAAAAGCGUUUCAACGUCGCAGAACUUUGGGAACACUUUCUUACCGAACGGCAAAGUGCCGAAAGUUGGCGAAAGGUUCUGCCAAAAAGCGCUUGCGGAAACUUUAAAAGAGCUUUCAGAAAACGGUCUAAAUAGCUUCUAUAGAGGUAAACUGGCCAAACGGAUAGCAGAAGAUAUGGCGAGUGUUGGCAUGCCAAUAACAGAAGCAGAUCUGGCCAAUUACUCGCCCGUUAGACGAUCGCCUUUGAAAUUACUGCAUGAGAAGGGUGAGAUAUUUAACCUUCCGCCCCCGACACAGGGCUUAGUUUCACUCACCAUUCUAGCGAUCCUCGACAGGUUACGAAUAGACGGUCGAAACGAAGAGCAGUUUAUCCACGCCGUUGUCGAAGCUACGAAACAGGGAUUUUUGCUGCGCGAUCAGUACAUAACCGAUCCUAGUUACAUGAAGGUUGACGUUCAAUCAUUGUUAGAAGGCCAUACGAUUUCUGAAUUAGCGCGCCGAAUAACACUUGAUCGGGCCUCAGCCGCUGGUGCUGGUAAGGGCCCAGGGGAUACGAUCUGGCUGGGCGUUAUGGACUCGAAAGGGUUCUCUGUCUCGUUCAUCCAAAGCAUUUAUCACAACUGCGGCAGUGGUGUGGUCUUACCGAAAACCGGUAUCUUGUGGCACAACCGAGGAGUCUCUUUUAAUUUGCAAAAAGACCAUAUUUUAUCUUUGAAGCCGGGCAAGAAACCUUUCCACACGUUGAACCCAGCUGCGGCCCGACUGAACGAUGGCAGAGUUAUAGUCUACGGAACUAGAGGGGGGGACGGUCAGCCCCAAACUCAAGCGAUAAUAUUCCAUAGGUAUGUCGUACAAGGUGUUGGGUUGCAGCAGUCCAUAUCGACCCCCCGCUGGGUGUAUGGUGCUACAACUGGUAACAGAAAUGACGUAUUGUAUUUAGAAGACAGGUUUGGUGACGUAAUUGUUAAUUGCUUGAAAGAGAAAGGUCACAAAAUAUCGCUACUUCAGCCUUAUUCUGAGCAGGUUGGGCAUGCUGGCGCGCUGGUGAGACAUCCUGACGGUAUGUUGGAAGGCGCUUUUGACCCUCGAAGCAAUGGUAGCGCAGCAGGUUUU